GUUUUGAUCCCACUGGCCAGACGAGGGAGCAGGCGCGACGGAAGGUUCCAGCACUCACUCCUGCACACACACGGUCCCCGCCGCGCACCAUGGCAGAUACCAGGCUUUACGAAGUGUUAGGCGUCUCCAGAAACGCUUCAGACUCAGAAAUACGUAAGAAUUACCGUAAGCUUGCCAAAGAAUAUCAUCCAGACAAGAACCCAGCUGCAGGGGACAAAUUCAAAGAAAUCUCCUUCGCCUACGAGGUGUUGACUGACCCACAGAAGCGUGAGAUUUAUGACCGUUAUGGCCUCAAAGGUUUGCAGGAAGGAGAUACUGGUCCAGGAGCUGAUGACAUCUUCAGUCACUUCUUUGGGGGUGGAGGGCCUUUUGGGGGUCUGUUUGGAGGCUUUGGAGGUGGAGGUUUGCGUCAUGGACCAAGAAGGGGACCAAAGAAAGGGGAGAAUACAGUACACAGGCUGAAAGUAUCUUUAGAAGAUCUGUACAAUGGCAAAGUGUCAAAAUUGCAGCUGUCCAAAAAUACAAUCUGCACUGCUUGUGGAGGUGAGGGUGGACCUCCAGGGGCACUUCAUCCUUGCCAGACCUGCAAUGGGCGAGGCAUCAAAGUCACAAUAACUCAGCUGGGUCCCGGCAUGGUGCAGCAGAUGCAGAGUCGGUGUCCGUCUUGUGAUGGUGAAGGCGAGGUUAUAAAUGAACGUGACCGUUGCCAGGCAUGUCUUGGCAGGAAAGUGGUACAACAGACAAAGUUGUUGGAAGUGCAGGUGGACAAGGGGAUGAGGGACGAGCAGCGCAUCACCUUCCAUGGGGAGGGAGACCAGAUGCCUGGGGUGGAGCCCGGUGACGUCAUCAUUGUACUUCAGGAGAAACCACAUGAUGUAUUUCAACGGAGUGGAACUGACCUUAUGAUGAAAAAAACUGUCACAUUAACCGAGGCACUAUGUGGAUUCACUACUGUUGUGGACCAUCUAGAUGGUAGAAAAAUUGUAGUCAACCAUCCACCUGGCUCAGUAUUAGUUCCAGGAUGCGUGCGUGGCAUUGUUGGUGAGGGCAUGCCAAUUUACAAGAAUCCAUUUGAGAAAGGAGAUCUUUAUAUUCGCAUAGAAGUAGAUUUCCCUGAAAACUACUUUGCCCCUGAAGGAAAGUUAAAAGAACUGGAAUCUCUCUUGGGGGGACGCCCACCGGCAGAAGAAAUCCCCGCUGACUCUGAGGAAGUGAACAUGUCAGAGUAUGAUGGCAAUGGAGGGCCAGGCAGUCACCGGGGACAGUGCUACGAUGAGGAUGAUGAACAUCCUCACAUGGGGGGCCAGCAUGUACAGUGUGCACACCAGUAGUGGGCAAGAUAAGUUUUUUUUUUUUUUUUUUUUUUUUUUUUUUUUUCCUCCUCCAUUGCCAGGAGAUGUCAUGGUUUUGGUUGUAGUAUGGGGCUCAGUGGUAGUUGUGCAUCCUUGUGUAGCAGUUCAUAUGCAUUAUGCACAUGAUAAUCAGUGCAUUCAGAAUCUUGAAGGAAUUCAUUUGUGUAUCUGUCUGCAGUGCAGUUAACAGUUUGUUGUGUGCUGGAAAACCAUUUUCAUGUUAAUUUAUUUGUGAUGUGUGAAGAUCUCUUUUUUGGAGAUGUGAACUGAUCUUACCAUUUUAUGUACAGAUUGCUUUACAAGUUAUUACAAAAUCUAUCUAUUUUGAAAAGAGAGAAAACGGUAGUGAAUAUAUAUAUAUUACCUCAGGAUUCAACUUCAAGAAGAGCUGAAGUAUAAUGAUCCUUGCCAUGAAUGGGUAUUGUAAUUUUUGGUAGGGGCUCUGUGCUGAAAUGUGUGCACUGCCACUGACAUGCAAGAAAGUUCAGCCUGGCAAAAUCAGCAUAUUCUGUGAUACAGCAUGGUGGCACACUGCAACCAAAAGGCUAACAAUCCUUCAGUGUGGCUGUUCCUUAGUUUUGACUUCAAAGUACCAAAGUUCAGACCUUGGAUGAGGCAGAGUUGGUAGUUCCUGUGGUCUUGUGCAAAACACCACCCACUCUUCUCUAGAUAUAACUUCAUGGAAGUGUUUCUUGUAAUUUUCGUUAGAAAAGUGCUGAAAUUUUCUUUGAAAAGAUAUGUUCAGUACUUGUAUAAUGGUGAGACUAGUAUUGCUUGUCUUUUGUUGCUAGUUGAAGUUCACCAAUACAGCAAGAGUGGAGGGACUUUACUUUUCUGUUUGGAGUUAUUUCUAAUAUUUACACUCAGAGGAACAGGUGGUGUUUAAAGAAACAAGAAAGGCAAAAGCUUUAGUUGUGUGCUUUCAGAAUACUUUUACAUAAUGCUGUUGAUUUGACAAAUUGAGAUUUCUCAGAUUGUAGCAAUUGCUGUCUUGCUUAGUGAGGUGCUCAUAGCUAUUUCAUUAUGUAAUAUUCUUAAACAAAAAAAAAUUAUUGUAAUAGAUCAUUCCUUUAUCUGACACACUUAAUUGUUUUUAGAAAUGAUAAUUAACAGUGGUUAAAGCAUUCUCCCAAACCUGAAUUCAAACAUGGGAAUUGGAUGUUUGUUGGUUGAAGAUUAUUGUGCUGUCUCUUUUAAGAAUGGUAGGGCAUGAGGUGCAUUUAGAGAUGAGAGUCACUGCACAUCUUUGUUAUUGCAUGUGGUUGCAUCAUUAAGUUUUAAUCUCAAAAUAGAAGAGGAGUUAUCCAUACUUAAUGAGCAACACAGGCUGCCCUCACACUGCUCUCUGAGUGGCAUAUAUCGAUAUGAAUUCUUGAAGGAAAAUGUGGACCUUUGUGUUAAGUACUACUCAAAACUUAUGCUUUAUUAUUAUCACAAGAUGUAACAAUGUGUCAUGAUGCUCGUGUCUGCACCUGUAAGAAUCAUUUUCAUAAAUUGGACCUUGGAUGCAUGCCAUAUUGGUACAAACUUAAUCAAUAUAUUCAUGUUAUUCAGUUUACAUGGCAAACAUUCCUAACAUAGUUUGUAUUUCAUGUUAGUUAAGCUACCUGUGUUGAUUGUAUUUGAUAUUACUAUGUUCUACCCACAAACAGUCUGUCUUGUGUCAUGGAAGACUGAUUGUAAGGAAUUUUGUGCGGAAGCUGCUUCACUUGAUUUUCCCCCUGUAGCCAUGGGGCAGAAGAACCUAUUGAAGCUAUGUGGCAUUAAUAGAGCUUCCCCCACCUCCCUUCUUUUAAAGGAAGUAAUUCUGCAACAGAAAACACAUUUUUUGUGAAAUUUGAAUAUUUAAGUAAAAGAAAACUUUUAUAUAUACUUUAUAUUUACCAAUAUAUUUUCCUCAUUCUUUUGAGCCGGUACUAUUGCACUUUAUAUUAUAGACAUGUUGAAAUAAAUUAUGUUAAGUGAAUUUAAGUUUCAGUGUACAUAUGAGUAUUGAGUUUUGAUAUUUGUUUGAAUAAGAGAACUUGAUCAUAAAAAAUGGCUUCACUGGACAUAAUUCAAUAUGCAUGAGCUAUUGCAGCAAACUGUUGUCAGGGAGCAAGUUGAGCUACCAAAUUAUCAUAGCUUGAACCUCUCUGCUACUCAGAUUCAGAUUUAGCCUAGUAUGAAGUCACCUACAUAUUUUCAUUAAGGCAGGAUCUCACUUGGCAAUUUGCAGCUGGAAUUGCUUGCUGUUGCCAGCAUGCAAUACCUGGCAAUGAGCCCUCCCAGCUGGAGUGUGUUCACACAAGUGGCUCAAUGAAUUUAACCAAACUGUUUCACUUUCUCUCCAGCAAGCUUGUGUCCUACUUUGCAUCUAAUUUGUGAGUUUGUGUCCACCCAAUAACUUCAAAGGUUAUAAUUUGAGUAAAUUUGGAAGCUACAUUUUUUUUUUUAUAUAUAUAUAUAUAUAUAUAUAUAUAUAUAUAUAUAUAUAUAUAUAUAUAUAUAUAUAUAUAUAUAUAGAAAAGUGUACAUUUUAAAUUGCAGUCAAAUUAGAUCACAAAUAGUUAAUCCUCACCUCCAUCAAGACAUUAUAAGAGAACAAAACAUUCCUCAGAGAAUGACAGCCAUCUCAUUAAAUUUUUUUUUUCCAAAGGCUUAUCUUGUACUAUAGUGCGUGUCUUAGGUCCCAGACAUGCUGCUGGUCCCUCACUAUCCCCAACAUUUUUCUUCUGAUGGACACCUCAUCUUCUACAACAUUACAAUGUAAACAAAGCCACUAGCGGUUGGACAAGACCAACACCACGGUCUUGUUGGUGCCGCAAAUUGCCAUGUGUGAACCCGCCUUAAAACUUAAAGAUCCUUCAAAGACAAAAGCAUGAAUAGGUGGUAAAAUGGGUGAACUUGUGUUUGACAAGCUUUACUUUUAAGGAACUAGUUGCAUUUUUCUUCAGUGUGAACUCUGCUAUGGGCCUUCAUGAGAGGCUCUUCCACAUCUAACCUGAUCAGCUGAUCAGAUGAGGUAGGUACCGGGAAGGGCUCAAGUCUGUUCUGGUGCAGGAGGAGUAAAAUAGCUCUGCUAUCCGGCCCUGCUCUUGAUAUAGUCAGGUAUGCUGCACAGUUGAUUUAUUAGUGUGGAUAAUGAAGAUCAAGUCUCUUCCCAAGAGACCAAGAACCUUAGAUAUGAGAGAAUCCUUGUAUAAUUAUUAUGAAUAUGAUUGUAUGCAUGUAGGUACAUUGUCACAGACAAUCCAAUUAAAGGGAUGUCAGCUUGGUUUAUAUAUAUAGAUUGGAGCACAUUUUAUGGAAUUUGUGUGGCAGCUGCAUUUGUAAAAAAAAAAAAAAAUGAGUGCACCAGCUUAUAAGUCUCAUGUUAGUAAACUUAGUCAAAUUUUUAUAGUUGCUUCAACUUUUAAAGUGAUAUUAUUUUCAUCAUAAUUUGCCAUCUUGCAGCAAGAAAUGAAGUCAGGAGGAUGCCAUUCAUCCAUCCAUCUACUAUGAGAAUCUUGAAAGAUUUAGAUUAAUAUAUAUAUAUAUAUAUAUAUAUAUAUAUAUAUAUAUAUAUAUAUAUAUAUAUAUAUAUAUAUAUAUAUAAUGAUGGCCCAAGAUUUGUUCAAAUUUAUGCCAGCAACUUGCUUGUAUUUCAUGUGCACAUCACAUGUUCUUUUGUACCUCUAUGCAAAAGAAAUUCCUUAUAACUUCUUUACUUUGUUUACACUUACUGAUGUUGAGUCUGCUUAAAGUAAAGAGGCACAUAUGUCGCAAAUUUUGUGUAUGCAUCUAAUGGGAGGCACAAGGCAAGGUGAACUACAUGUAGAUACAAUGUCCAUUAUGUUUGUUUUCCCUCUGCUAACUCUGCCAAAUCCACAACUGAUUUCUUUUCAUUGUGGAUAGUCUUUUGAUGUAUAUAAUUGCAUUGCUGGUAUGUAUUAAUUUCUUCAGAUUUUUGCAUUACAUUUUAUUGUGUGAUGCAGGUGACAAAUCCCUGACAGGUAUUAAUUUAGAUCCAGGUAUUGUGAAUAUGAUUUUUGCAUUAGUUAUAUUAUUUAAAGCCCCUAGGAAUCAGAAUGAGUAUGUAAAUAUUUGAUACUAGGUAUGUGUCUGUAGCAUCCAUGUGUUUUCAUUACUGGGGUAAAAUCCUCUACUUCAUCCAAGUUUUACUAUUUUAAUUACCUAUAAUAUUUGAUCACAAGCCACAGUUAGCUUCAACUGUAUUAUUUUGACUUGGGAAACCAUUAUAGGUAUUACCAACAUGCCACUUCUUUGUAAUCUUUAGUCUCCUAGCUUCUCAUAUUUACAAUGACAACACUUGUCAUAUAGGCAUUUCAUUCUCUAGGCUAAGUCUAUCGAUCAGUCCUCCAGUGAUGUUAACAUGUAGUUGUAUGAUGUACUAAGUUAUAUGGAGCUCAUAAAAUUAGAUAAAAAGUAUAUGUA